AUGGCAUCAUCCACACCAGUACCAGCAGCACCAGCAGAAGCCCGUCUUCGCGCCCGUAAACCACUGCCUCCGCCGACGCCGGCGUAUCUCCCUGCAACAAGUAGUCCUACAACAAGUACUACGACCACCACUCAGACGACGUCAACGGGAGGUCACGCUGGUAGCAGUGGUGAGAAUGGGAUUUCUGGUGUUCGUUCACCACUAACCGUCGAUCGCGACCUGUACGAUUCGAUCAAGCAAGGGCAACGCGAAUUGGUCGAUAGUUUCACGCUGCCUAUUCGCUCGGGAAGGGCGUGGAAGGCGCCGGCGAGGAGUGUGGUUAGGAUAAGUACGCCGGAGGGACCGCAGGUUGGCGAUUUGAACAUUUGGAACGCUCACAACCCCCGCGAACGCUUUUGGGCUUCUCGAACAAAACAACUGCACUCGUCACACGUGUCGACCUACGACCGUCUCUGGUCUUGCCUCCCAUACAUGCGGCCGCUGUGCACCAUCAUCGCCGACUCCCUCUCAUGGUACGGGGUCGACAACACGGGCGGUCGAGUGCACGACUUGCUCGGCACAAGAUGUGACCCGUACAUCAAUACCUUGCUGUCUGGACCUGAAGCAUCGUACGACUUCCAUUGCCAUUCCAACCUAACUAGAGCCGUUCUGCCUUUUGGUCUGAACGAGUCCGAUGUCCACGAUGUGAUCAACAUCUUCCAAGUCACCGGGCUGGACGAACAGGGCAGAUACUUCAUGAACCCGUGUCCGGCGCAGGCGGGAGAUUAUAUCGAGUUCUUUGCGGAACAGGAUCUUCUCAUGGCACUUUCCACGUGCCCGGGAGGUGAUUUGUCCUUGUGGGGUUUCGGCGGGGAUAGCGAAAAAGAAAUGAUCAAAUGUUGCAGACCAUUGAAGGUGGAGGUGUUCAAGCUCGUUGAUGAGGACAAGAUCCUUGCGGGAAAAUGGUCGCCUCCGGAACGACCUGCAUACCGCGGCAUGCAUGGUAUGAAGAUCCCAUUGGGAGAGACAAGAUAG